UUGACGGUUUUUACUAAUGAAACAAUUUCGAUUAAAUCGAUUUAUUACGAUAUUUAACUGAUAAGUCAAAAGUUAAACCCCUUACCACGCAAAAUAAAUUAUCUUGUUGUGAGGUAUAAUAUUUAAUUAUUUUCUUUGCAGUAUAUCGCUUAGGUUCAACGAGUAACCAUGAGGAAUUUGGGUGCAGUAGCAGCUAUUGCCAUAAUUUUUUUGCUGAACCCGAGGGGUAGCGAUGGUACGUGUACCUUUUCGCACAGCGAUGGCGAGUAUUUAAUAGAAAUCUUUGACGUGAGUGUAACCAACGAAAAUGAUGUGAUUCCGUUCGACUGUGAACAUGUUACCGGCUAUACGGAUGCCGAUGUGACUUUCAUUUUCGUGUGGAGAUCCAAUUUACGAUACCUUCAAAGUGCAAUUCUGGAUAAAUUUGUCAACGUGCGAACGAUGUACAUUUUGGAUUCGCAGCUUACAACGAUUUUGGAUCAGGCAUUCAAUUCGUGCAAUGAACUAACAGAUCUGUACAUUGACCGAAAUCAGAUCACAACGAUUCCGACGAACGCUUUUCGAAUGUGCUCAAAACUUCGCUCAUUGGAAUUAACUGGCAACGAUAUUCAAUCGAUCGAAGAGAAUAUGUUCGAGGGAGCCGGAAAUGUGGAAGAGUUAAACCUGUCUGGUAACAGAAUUUCGACUGUCACAGCGACUACAUUCAGACUGAUAUCAUCGCUGAAACGGUUAAAUUUAGACGGAAACGGAAUCAUCCACAUUGAUUCAAAUGCAUUUGCACCGCUUAACGGGCUCGAGACGCUUUCUAUUAGCAACAAUUUGCUAACUAAUUUAGACAGCAGCUGGCUACAAACAAAAACCAAUUUAACUUCACUGAAUUUGGCAUCAAAUCCAUUUACAUCAGUCGAUUUCGACGUCUUAUCAAAUUUAACUCUUCUAAAAUCCUUGGAUCUUAGCGGCUUGAAUUCGAUAUCGCUUCCUAGUGAAGCAUUCCAUGGGAUGGUAGGACUGGAAGUCUUGCGUUUAAAUGAGAUGGGUUUAAAUGUUGUCGACCGAAACUUGUUCACUAACAAUGUCCACCUGACCACUCUAUCUUUGACUUCAAACGACAUUUCCAGCCUAGAUCCAACAACAUUCAGCACACUGACUUCUUUGCGGUCAUUAAAUUUGGCACAAAAUCCUUUAGGAACACUAGACCCGAGUCUACUGACCGGUCUUUCAGCGCUAACAUCUCUCAACUUAAAUGAUUGCGGCAUUACAUCCAUACAACCGAAUACCUUCAGCAACCAACAAAAUUUGACAUCUCUGUCACUAUCCGAUAACGAAAUUCAGGUCAUUGGAAGCGAAAUGUUCAACGGUUUAUUGAGUCUUCGAACGCUAGCGUUAAUAGGCAACAACAUUAUCCGGCUGAAUUCGGCUGAUUUCCAGGCCGUGUCAGAUGUACAAUGGUUACAGCUAUCGUCAAAUCAAAUUGACGAAAUAGAGAGAGACUUUUUUACGCUCUUUCGAAAUUUCAAUGUGUCCGUUCUGCUAUUUGGCAAUAGAUGCACUGGACACUCUUUUACAAUUACGCAGGAUUUUGAUUUUUCAACGCUACCUCUAGAAGACUGUUAUAAUUUUUGGGAUAGCCCUAGACCAACUCCAGCGCCCACUGAGCCACCGACUCAGCCACCAACGACUGAACCACCGAUCGACAACAAUGCGGCCGUCACGUUUUUUGUGUCCAUGCCAAUUUUAUUGUUUACAGUUAUGCACGCUUUACUGCAAUGCUGCCAGGAUCUGAUUCAUUUGGCCUGCUACGAGAUAAAAAAGAGACCGGAGGAAGUGUUCCUCAGUGACAACAUUAUAAUGGUCUGUGAUGAAUGUUUGGCGAAUCGUAGAGAGAAUCCGUCACCCAAGCGAAAACAACCGAAUUCUGGAGCCAACAUGGUACAGACCACGCUUGAGGUUCGUAAUCCGAUGCUGUCUAUAUCGAAAACAACAAUGGCAGGAUCAACUCCGCCGAAAAGCAAAGAUAAUAAUCAAUUACAAUCCGUCGUUGAAGCGUUGGUUCAGAAGGUGGAAAAUCAAACGAAAACCAUUGGAAAUUUGCAGACUUCGAUUGAGUCGAUGAAAGGAACGGUGGAGGGGCAAACAACAGCAAUCGGUGAAUCAAGUAAAAUCAAUGUUGAAAAUUUGUCAUUGAUUAAGGAGUCGUUGAACGAAAUAAGUACUGCUAGCCGGAAGUUUUCGUAUGCUGACGUCGCAAAAGGUGGAGUAAAAAAAGCGAUGGAAAAUGGAACACCGAAGUCGUCUUGGUCACAAGCACGUGCACCUAGGCCUCCUAAGCCUGCACGUACCCCAAAGUCAACUAAGCCGAUCAUUACUGGUACGUCAACGAACGUCAUUCGAAAGCCUAUUUCACCAGUUCGUCCGAGACCAGAGAAAGCAGUUUGGAUAUCUGGAAUUCAUCGAGACGCAACAGAAGAGGAGUUAAAAGAUUACAUCAGAGACUCCAUUGGUGUUGCAUCGGCUGAUGUUGAUGUUCGUAAAUUGGUGAAAAAAGGUCGUGAUAUAACCGAAUAUAGAUUUGUAUCCUUCCGUAUUGGAUGUUCAUCGGUCGACUUCAAUAAGCUGAUGAAUCCGAUACCAGUCAAAAAACUUGGAAACGCCCAGCAAUGCAGAGAUGGAAGAAUGAUAAGCAACGUUGAAAGUAGAGCGAAAGUGACCCGUCAAGCAAAGAUAACGUCAUUUUUUUCGUCAAAAGUUGGUGCGUCAAGUGAAGUGUCUGGUAGGGUUAGUGGUGAUGUGGUCAUACGGCGAACGACUAGUGAAAGUGAAAAUUUUGUGAACUUAGACUAUUUUCCGUUGUAUUAUCAAAAUGUGCGAAGUAUUCCAGCGAGAACUGAUCUACGAAGUAGGAUUAAAUAUUCGCUGUAUAAAGGCCUAUGCUUCACUGAAACGCGUUUGCACGGUGACUUAGACAAUGAGUGUUAUUUUCCGCAAAACUUUAAUGUGUAUAGACGAGACAGAGAUACUUUCGGUGGAGGAGUGGCGAUUUUAGUGCAUGAACAAUAUAAGAGUUACAGAAUCGAGAGUAUUGGUGAUACAGUCUGCGAAUGUGUAUGUGUAAAAGUUCAGCUUAGGCCAUGUCCGCUUGUGAUAUAUUUAGCGUAUGUGAACGAUUCCACGAGGUUGGAUAUUUUGCUUAAACAUUACGAACUUGUGCGUCGGGUCGUGGCGAUGGAAAGUGAUUGUAGAGUAAUGGUGAUAGGAGAUUUUAAUCUGCAUGACGUCGUAUGGAACUGGGAUGAUUCUGAUACGUUUUUGCUACCGCAGGAUAUGGCAUCACACACCGAUUCAGUGUAUUUUCAUGCAGCUUCAGAAUUUCUUAGGAAAAUGCAUGAUCUGUCGUUGUUUCAGUUGUCGGAUCUGAAGAACAUUUCACAGAACGUGCUAGAUCUAGUGUUUGUAAAUGGUACCGGUGAUCUACAUGUGUGCAAGGCUCCAGUUGCAAUUACGUUGAAUACUGAAGUAGAUCCUUUUCAUGUACCGAUCGAGUUGGCAUUUGAAAGUUAUCCAGAAACAAACGUCCACGUCUUAGAUGACUUCAUUGAAGUUUUUUCGUACAAGUUAGCGAACUAUGAAAAUAUAAUACGGCAACUGGGGGCAAUAAAUUUCGCAGCACUUUUUGAUCGGAUGGACGUUGAUGAGGCUUUUGACUAUUUCUAUGAAUUGUUGAAUCGAGUGAUCGUUGAAAAUGUACCAAAGAUCCGUAUUAGGCGGAACAAAAACAGACCGAAGUGGUGGACUCGGGAGUGGCAGCAGAAAAAGAAUAAGAAAAAGAAAAUGUACAAACAGAAACCGAAGGAUAUCUUGACAUUAGACUAUGCAAAGGCCGUAAGAGAAUUCAACGAGUUGAACGAAAGGCUUAACAAAGAAUAUAUCGAUCAAGUCCAACAAAAUAUUGUGGAAAAUCCGUCGGAGUUUUGGUCAUACGCCAAGUCGAAACGAAAAUGUGCAACAUACCCGUGUGAAAUGAUGUUUGGUGAAAGAAAGUCUGAAAAUCCGCAGGAAGUUGCAGAUAUAUUUGCCGAUUAUUUUGAAGGACUGUAUACGAAGGACGAAGAACCGCUAGUUUUUGAUGAGGAGUAUGGUGUAGAAGCUGACGAUACAUGGGAAGUGGAACUGACAAUGGGUGAUAUUGAAAAUGCGAUUGAAAAAUUAGAUCCCAAAAGUACCAGUGGUCCCGAUGAUAUUGCACCGUUAUUUGUAAAAAAAUGUAUGGACGCGUUAGUGUGGCCGCUUUGGAUUUUGCACCAAAAGUCGAUGGAACUGGGAAAAAUUCCUUCGAAGCUCAAGAUUUCAAAAGUGGUUCCGGUUUACAAGAAAAAAGGCAGGAAGGAUGAUGUGAAAAACUACCGUAUAACAGCAAUCAGUUCAGUGGUGUUAAAAGUUUAUGAGUACGCGAUUCAGCUGAAGCUUUUGGAUAGAAUUAAUCCGAACAUUUCAAAUGCGCAACACGGCUUCAGACCGAGACGUUCGGUAGAAACAAACUUGUUAAAUCUCUCCAUUGUGGCACACGAAGCAUUAUUAAGAAGGAAACAACUCGACAUCUUCUAUGGUGACUUUAAAAAUGCAUUUGACAAACUUUGGCAUCGAAUCUUCAUUAAAAAAAUGAAAUGGUUUGGCAUUGGAAAAAGAACCGCCAGGUGGCUUUUUGAAUUUCUUGUUGGCCGGCUGUUCUAUGUUGUCAUUGGUGAUGUCAAAUCUAGGACUUAUACAGCAACUUCAGGGGUUCCUGCUGGAAGUAUUCUUGGCCCAACAUUGUUCUUGAUUGGUGUUAAUGACAUUGUGGAGUGUGUGUCAUUUGCACUUCCACUUCUAUUUGCGGAUGACAUAAAAUUGUUAAUGGAAGUUGGUUCGUCGGCUGAUUCAAGACAACUCCAAGCUGACAUUGACAACGUUUUGAGAUGGAGCGAAAGGAACAGGCUUCCGUUUAACCUGGAGAAAUGCGAAGUCAUCACAAUAGCACGAAUCAACGAUCCGCAUUACGUUACGUACUUUAUGGGGGAUCAUGUCGUUGAAAGAAAGCAGGAAGUUCGAGAUCUUGGCAUCCCGGUCGAUGUGAAGUUUACGCUUAUCGCACACAUGGAAAGAAGUAUAACCAGAGCGAGACAGUCAAUGGGUUUUAUUAAGUCUGUAUCAAAAGGACAGUUUGGCACAAGAGCAUUGGUGGUGCUGUAUAAUGCAUAUGUAAGGUCAAAACUGGAAUUUGCGUCAGUUAUUUGGGACCCGUACCAACAGAACUACAGCAAUGACAUCGAGUCAGUCCAAAAACAGUUUGUUAUGUAUGCUUUGGGAGACACAAACCGCAUUCCGCCGUACAGACUGGAACCAUACGAAGAGCGGUGUAAGAAAAUUGGACUUGACAAAUUAUCUACACGCAGAAAGAUCGCAAAUGCUCUAAUGGCCUACGACUUGUAUAACAAAAGAAUCAAUGAUGUGAAUAUUGAGGCGAGAUUCAUCAGAAGACAGCAGCAUCGAUCGUUCAGGAAUGAGAGACCACUGGCUGAAGUUCUAUACGAGAGGAAUUAUGGAUAUAAUCAACCGAUGGCAAAAAUAAUCAGACUAGUGAACAAGUAUAGUGGUCUUAUGGUGUUAAGUCGUAAUGAAUUUAAAGCGAAAGUGAAGGAAAAACUGAAGGAAGAUGACGAGGUUGUAGAUGACGAACUUUUAAGUUGAUUGGAUUAAUGUUUAUGUGUUCACUUUGACUAUAAGGACUGACUUCCCGAGUCGAUGUUUUAAUUUUUCAAAGUUUUGACUAGUAAUUUAAUGUUUGUAAAACUUGUAAAAUUUGUAUACAGCUGAUAUAUUUCGGCGGUGAAUA